AUGGUGGGUCCGGAUGAGGAUUCCCCCAGCAGUCAGAAUAUAUGCCCCGCUCGAAGCGCCUCACGUUCCUACUCGUUUAUUCUCUGUUUGUUUUUGCAGUUGAAGUGCUGCGGUGCAGAUGGACCUGGUGACUGGGCCACGAGUCGAUUUAAUAAUGUGGAUCGCACUAAUAUUGUGGAAAUUGCCGUGUCUUCCAUUAAUGUAUUUUACAACAUACCUGAGUCCUGCUGUAAGGAGGACCUCAAGGAUAACGAGUGCGAACUGUCGCGUCGCUUGAAGUUUGGUGGCCCCUUGAAUACGGCCAUCUACCAGCAGGGCUGCGUUGAUAAAAUGAUUGAGAUCAUUUACGAGAAUUGGGUCAGCAUUUUUGCCAUCACUAUUGCUGUCAUACUGUUGGAGCUGCUGUCGCUGACCUUUGCCCUGAGCCUGUGCUGUGCGGUGAGGAAUCAGCACUACAAGGCCUGAGAAUUACAGAACUCCCAUAGGGAAAUCACAGACGAUGAGAAGUAGUAACAAACCAAAUAGAAACGGAUGCAUAGCAAGCAUUAAUGAGAGAGACAGAGGACAAGCGAAUGGG